AUGGGAUUCUUCAAAAAGAACAGAAAAGGAAGCUUCAACCGAGGCCAAGAAAGCGAAAUGAAAUUUGACAAAAUAAUUCUCGGGGGCACAUUCUAUAAACAUUGCGAAAAUGACUUAGUGAUUAAGAACAAGUUGGAAAAUUUAGUUCCCUAUUUUAACGGUAGGAUAUUUCUGGAAAAUAAAGAGGAAAUAGGAAAAGUGGAUGAAAUCCUUGGGCCCAUUAACGAAUUUUAUUUUUCUGUUAAAUUAAAAGAAGGGAUACAUGCAAAGUCCUUUUCGACGGAUACGAAAUUUUUUAUUGACCAAUCACAGACGCUCCCACUAAGUAGAUUUUUACCGCAAGAAAAGAAAGUUCCUCAUCAACCAAAGAAGAAAAGAUCGAAUAGGGAGAAGAAGCAAAAUAAUUUAACUCCCAAUGUGAAGAAGCCGAAUAAUUUUACUUUCCGGGGUAAUCAUAAAAAUGACAGAGGUGGGAGGAACGACAAUAAUCAGUAUAAAAGGAACAGUGGGAACUUCAGAAAUGAUAAAAAUAAUUUCAAGAACAGACCUAACAGCGGUCGUAGGUUUGGGAACCAGAGGGGUCGCUUUUAG